AUGCAGAAUACCAAUCAGGAAAAUUCAACUCAUACAAAAACAUUGAUGAAGAAAACUGCUGAUAAAGUUUGUUCGUUUUUGGAAGAAGGCAUAUCUGCAACUCUCGGCCCAAGUUCUCCGUCCAAAUAUUCCAUCGCUAAAUCUACGUCCAAUGCCCUUCAUAUUCCUCACCUUCAGACAUCUUUUGACUAUAGGCCUAGAGUAAGCAAUUAUUCCGUCAACCUGUAUCCCCAUAUCUCUCUUUUAAGUAGAGCAUUCAGUGAUCUCAUUGCUGCAAAACAAUGGAAAUCAUUUACAGUUAUUUACGAGGAGAACGAAGCCUUGUUGAUAUUACAAGAUGUGGUUACAAUGUCAAAGACAGGUGACAUCAAAGUUUUUCUAAGGCCUUUCCGAACAGGUUACACUUACAGAAAAUUGUUAAAGGAUAUUAGUAGAAGAGGAGAAACUAAUUUAGUACUUAAUUUGCCACCAGAGAAAAUACCUUAUGUUCUCCGUGAGGUAAGAUAA